AUGGCUAAGCCGCUGCUGCUGCUUUUGCAGGUUGGUUCUUGGCAUAGCACGGCCUCUUACCGAAGCGAUAAUAGAUUUUUAUUAGUCCUGCCGUGCCCUCGCAGGUGUUGUGCUACAGUGCGUGAUUGCUGGUCGAUGAUUUUGUUAUUGGUUAUGUCGGGUGACGUUGAGCAGAACCCAGGGCCUAAGACGACUGAACUGUUGGAGUUGAUUAUAGAGAAUCAGGCGACGUCUGACUGUAAAUUGGGCGCUAUAAAUGAAGACAUUGCAAAACUGCACACAAAGACUGAUAAAUUGACUGAUUAUGUUGAAGUAAUUAAGGACUUGAACAGGAGAAUAGACAGUCUAGAGAACCUUGUUCGGCAACAAGUUGAAAAGCUGAUUGAGUUUGAAACCCGGAGCCGACGGAACAACCUUUUAGUAUUUGGUCUUCUUGAGGAGAAUGGGGAAUCCGAGUCGACUUUGAAAGCGGCGGUUGUAGACACGCUCUUUCGGGAAACGCUAGGAGUUCAAGUACAGACGGUAGAAAGGAUACAUCGCUUAGGCAAGAAGAAGCCAGGAAGUCCUAGGCCUGUAAUUCUAGGAUUUUAUGACUCAAGGGAAAAAGAGCAGGUGCUGAGGAACUGCCGGAAGCUAAAAGGAAGCCAAAUUAGGACCAGCAAUGAUUAUCCGAAAGAAAUAGUGGAAGUGCGUAAAAAGCUGGGGGCAAGCGCUUCAGUUGACAGGAACAAUGGCAAAAGGGUCACCUUGGUUCAUGAUAAACUGAAAGUAAACGACCAGUUUUACGUGUGGGACCAUGGCCAAAAUGAGCGGUGCCUAUGUCACGAAUAUCGCCAAAAUGACGCCUCAGGUGGUACACGGUCAUCUCCAGCUUUAGAUAGUCGUCUUGAUUCCCAAGGCACUCCCUAA